AUGGCAACGGCCCCAACCCUCAAUGUCGAUAUUACAAUGACCAGCAUCACCUCACACCUGACCGUCGUCUCAGUUCCUCCCGGAACCGAGCACAAGGCGUUUCACGUCUCCAUCCCUCACUUGAGGCCGGACGCCGGUGGAUGGGCGUGGUAUCGUCCGCGGCCUACGUGGAUCGAGGCACAGCGUCUUGCAUCCCUCGACGAGCUCAAGGAGAACACGGUACAUAUGCUCCUCCUUCAUAACGGGGACGAAUACGUGUGCGUGCUCCCUGUCUCAAGCGAGACCGGACUUGCAAACCUCUCACGCGAGGCCACGCACGGCCUUGUUGUCAACGUCCGCGGUUCAAGUCACUCACGGCACGGGCGGGUGGCUGUGGUCGUAUCGCGCACCCACAACGCACGGUACAUUGCCGCACUAUGCGGCGCCGCUGUCGAUGAAGCCCGCAAGUGGCUGAUGAAGAAGCCGCCAGCGUACCUGCCCCUCAAGCCUGGACCUCUCGACGGCGUUGGUUUCUGCACCUGGAACGCUCUGCAUGAAGGUCGAAACGUCAACGAGGGAAGUAUACGUCAUCUCGUUGACACUCUGGUCGGCGCUCGCCUCCCGAUCCAGACAUUCAUCGUCGACGACGGGUGGCACGACAAGCGCCACUUCCGGGACAAGUCGGGGGAAGAUGACCGGCGACGCGGGCUCUGGAGCUUCGACGCCAAGCCGGAGAUCGGUGCGGGUGGGAUGAAAGGCAUCGUGGACAUGGUUAAGGAGCGGCUUGGGAGCGUGGAGUGGACUGGCGAGGUGGACGUUGGCGCGUGGAUUGCCCUCACAGGUGGUUAUUGGGACGGGAUCCACCCCGACUCGCCGCUGGUCGACAAGUACGGGUGUAAAAAGUACCCCGCGUCGCGGCAGUGGUGGCGCGGUUGCCCAGAGGACGCGCUCGAGCCAAACCACAUGCCCAGCGGCGAGUCGUUCUACGUCCUUCCGCCUCCCGAGCGCGCGGCCGAGUUCUGGGGCGACUGGUUCAAGCAGCUGCACAAUGCUGGCAUCACGUUCCUCAAAGUCGACAACCAGGCGGCCGUCACUGCCCUUGACGGCGUCGACGGCGUUCACGAGGCUCUCUACAUUUGGGAGUCGAUGUACACUGCAGCAGAGCGCGUGUUCGGCCCCGACCGCGUCAUCCACUGCAUGUCGCACAGCGAGCCGAUGUGGGCUGGCCCACAAGGCCUCGGCUUGACCACGGGUGGUCGCAGCUUUAUCUGGCGCAACUCGGACGACUUUGGACUCACUGGCCGCUCGCCAUACGCGCACCAACAACACUUGUUCACCAACCUCAUGAACACCCUAAUCGCCAACGCCCAAUGUACUGUCCCGGACGCGGACAUGUUCAUGACGACCCAGCAGCACCCUCACGCACAUGCGUUACUGCGGGCUCUGUUCCCUGGCCCUCUGUUACUGACGGACAAGCCCGGCGAGCACGACCCCGAGCUCCUCUGGCGCCUGGUUUCCCGGGACAAGGGUGGUGUCGCGCGCGUGCUCAAGGCUUCUCGCGCAGCUGAGCCGCUCGCCCGCCGUCUGCUCGACACCAGUAUCCUCGACUACGCUGACGGGAGCGGGCAGUGGGCCGCCGCAACUGUCGGCCCUCACACUAUCCUCGGCUGCUGGAACGUGCGCGGCGGAUACGACAAGCCGUGUCGCGUGGUCGACGACAUCACCGUCGCGGACGUGGAGGACGCGAUCGGGCACGAGAUCGACAAGCACUACGUUGUCGCGCGCGUCGGAGUUGAACAACCCGGCGUCAUGGGGGCUUCGGUUCUAAUACCAGGCGACAAGGGCGCGAUUGGGCACAUUGAUGACCUUGCCAUGCUCACGGCGGCGAGCUUCUGGAUUGUACCUUGUCAACACCAGGCUGUCGGAUUUACGGCUGUGCUUGGUCUCAUCAACCACUUUGCUGGUCCUGCUGCUCUCGACGGCUUCGAAAUCUCGAUUAACUCCAUUACUGUCCGCUUAAAGUACGCGGGCACGCUCGGCAUCGUCGUAGAUGCGCCGUUCAAGCCCAGCGCCACAGCACUGAUCGACAAGCGCCCUGAGGUGGUGAAAGUGACCCAGCUCGAGUCGCUCAGUAAGCACAAGCAAGAAGGCGUGUUCCUCCUCACUGUCGACGUUGGCAACUCGAACAACCACCCAACCAGCGACAGCGACGUGUGGGACGUGCUCAUCAGCAUCGAAUGA